CGGAGUUCUUCCAGCCAUGACGAGCCCUAGCGAGACCGAGAACUCUGCAGGUACCGCACCCCCGGCGAAGGCCGAAAACCCGGCAGACCCAGUCACACAGGAGACAGCCGCCAGCCCGACGUCCGACGCCACCACGACCGCUGCUUCGGCGCCGGCAAACAAGCCCAGCGUUCACAAGACGGAUUACGAAAAAGAUGUAGUCUAUCUCUACCAGUUCACUCGCUGUCCAACUUUGCCCGGAAUCUCGCCUUUCUGUUUGAAAGUUGAGACUUGGCUGCGCAUGACACAAGUGAAGUAUGAGAAUGUGGACCACAAGCUCAAGUUUAAAUCGAAGAAAGGUCAACUCCCGUUUGUGGAGCUCAACGGCGAGGAGAUAGCAGAUUCUGACAUCAUCAUCAAGCAACUGAGCCAGUUCUUUGGCAAAGAUCUGGAUGCCGGCCUAACCACAGAGGAGCGCAACAUCUCUCACGCCUUCUCAUCUAUGCUCAAUAACCACACAGGCUGGGUGUCUCGCUGCUGGCGUUAUCAUCACCCUGGCCAGUUUCUCAAGGCAGCCCAGAUGGAUGUCAAGCGCAUGCUCAACUCAAAGUUGCCUAAAGGCGUCCUGCAGUUCUUUUUCAAGCUUGCUUUUAAAAGCAAUGUCCAGCAGACCAUUGGCCAUGGCCUGGGCCGUCACACAACAGAGGAGAUCUUGAAAUGUGGGAAGGAAGAUCUUAAACACCUGUCACAGUAUUUGGGCACCAAACAGUUCUUCUUUGGCACAGAGCCUCACUUGCUCGACUGUGUGGCGUUUGCCCACCUCUGCCAGUUUGUGUACGUGCCCUUCGGUGGUCUCCUGGAGUUCAUGGAGCAGGAAUGUGCUAAUCUGCUAGCAUUCGUGGAGCGCAUGAAGGAGCGCUAUUGGGCUGACUGGGACGAGAUCUGCAAGACCCUGGAGCUCAACACGCAUCUGCCCAAAAAGGCACCAGAUGAGGAGCCCAAAAAGGCUGCCGACGAGUCUGCCCCAGCUGCUGACGAGAAGACUCCUCCUGCCGAGGAUGCUGUCAAAAAACCUGAAGCUACUGUUGACGAGGUCAAGAAGGAAGAGGUUAUCAAAAAGGAAGUUGUCGAGGAGGUUGUUACUAAGACCAUCACAGAGGUCAAGGAGUGAGCAGUUUCGGCACUGGAGAAAGGCUUUAGUCAUUUUUCCGUUCCAAGGGUUUGGGAGGUGGGGGGGUAAUAGUUUCGUUCUUAACGAGACCUCAAGAAGGGUCGUUUUCAUCUCAUUGUGCAGCGAAGCAUAAGGGAUCUCGCAUUUUCAUGCUUCUUUAAUGGAGAGCAGUUCUUCGUUUUUUGGGGGGAGUUUG